AUGAAACUUCCCUCCUCCUUCUCCUGCCUUCUGCUGCUGAGCUUCGGCGCCUGCUUCCCUCCAGACGAUGGCUGGAUGCCCGGGAGACACCCCGGAAAAGCGUUUGUGGCCACAGAAGAGCAGCCUGGCCUCUGGGGCAUUGCUGAGCCCCCAAAGUGGAGGCGUUCGGCUGAAGACCUCCACUCCCUCUUCAGCAUAGCUAAGGAGCUCCAAAGCUUUGGGAAGGAGAGAGCUGGCAUCCAGUUCCGAUUCGGGAGGGACCGAGAAGAUGAGAACGAGGCCGUCAAUUACCUGCCGGAGGAAGUGGGCAUGAAACGAGGCGAUACCUUAGGGAGCCUGGCGGAGGAGCUGAACGGCUACAGCCGAAAGAAGGGCGGGUUCAGCUUCCGCUUUGGCAGGAGGGUCGCGCAGAUCUGA